UUGCUGUUGUGGCAGGGAGGCAGCGCAGUCAGUCCCUCGGCUCAACAACUACUCUGAGAGAAAACAGCAGCUCCGGAAACUAACCAACCAACCAACCCAAACCAAGGCGUUUCAGCGUGUCCUGAAUAAACACCGGCUCUGCACGGGAUCUUCAAUCCGGCAGGUGCUGGAGAAACUGCGAGUAGAUCAGAGGAACCAGCCGUGGGAGGACUUGUGGUGGAUGUCGACAGGAUGUCAAGCCAGUUGGCCUUUUCUUGGUGAAUGGAUUAGAGGUGAGCUGUGACCAUGCGUUGCCUGGCUGCCAGGGUGAAUUACAAGACCCUCAUUGUUAUUUGCGCCCUCUUCACCCUCAUCACUGUGCUCCUCUGGAACCGAUGCUCCAGCGACACCUCCCUGCGCUUACUGCCCCGUGCUCCUCCAGUCGCUCCCAGUGCCAAGGUGGGAGAUGCUAGCAUCAGUAGCCAGCAGCAGCCUCCACAGCCCCCGGAGCCCCCGCCUGUUGUUGGUGUUGCUAGUGGCAUCAAGUAUGAGGAAGUCGACUGCCUGAUCAAUGAUGACGUGACUAUCAAAGGGCGCCGGGAAGGCGGAGACGUCUACCUGCCCUUCAGUUGGAUAGAAAAAUACUUUGAGGUGUACGGCAAGGUGGUGCAAUACGACGGGUACGACCGUUUUGAGUUCCAGCAUAGCUAUUCAAAGGUGUACACGCAGCGUGAGCCCUAUCACCCCGAUGGCGUCUUCAUGUCAUUUGAGGGAUACAAUGUGGAGGUCCGUGACCGUGUCAAGUGCAUCAGUGGGGUGGAAGGUGUGCCUCUCUCCACCCAGUGGGGUCCUCAGGGUUACUUCUAUGCUAUCCAGAUUGCCCAGUAUGGCCUGAGUCAUUAUAGCAAGAACCUGACAGAGCGCCCACCCCACGUGGAGGUCUACGAUACAGCAGAGGAAAGGGACAGCCGGGCCAGCGCAGCACCCUGGAGUGUGCCUAAAGGAUGCAGCCUCAACCGUGUCCACGACAAGUCCCGUGCCACCUCUGUGCGCCAAUUCAGUGCCCCGGAGUCUUCAGAAGGUGUGUUCCUCCAGCUGGCCAACUCCAAGGACUUCAUCCUGAGCCUUGACAUCAGAUUCAUCUCCAAUGGUAGUGUGUCUGUGAUCCUGGAGACCACAGAGAAGGGCCCUCCCUUCGUCAUCCAUUAUGUCACCAGUACACAGCUCAUUGCCUUUAAAGACCGGGAAAUCACCUACGGCAUCGGGCCACGAGUUGUCUGGAGUACUCUGACCCGUGACCUCCUCACCGACCUCAGAAAGGGUGUGGGGCUGUCAAACACAAAGGCUGUCAAGGCCACAAAGAUCAUGCCAAGACGGGUUGUACGAUUGGUUCUGCAUGGGCGUGGCUUUAUUGACAACAUCACCAUCUCCACCACUUCCCACAUGGCCGCCUUCUUUGCUGCCAGCGACUGGCUGCUACGCAAUCAGGACGAACGUGGUGGUUGGCCCAUUAUGGUCACACGUAAACUGGGUGAAGGAUUCCGGCCACUAGAGCCUGGCUGGUACUCGGCCAUGGCCCAGGGCCAGGCCAUGUCCACCCUAGUGAGAGCCUACCUUCUCACAAAAGACCAGGCUUACCUCAAUGCUGCCCUCAAGGCAGUAGGACCCUACAAGAUGCCUUCGGCGCAGCACGGGGUAAAAGCUGUAUUCAUGAACAAGUACGACUGGUAUGAAGAAUACCCUACCACACCCAGUUCCUUUGUCCUCAAUGGCUUCAUCUACUCCCUGCUGGGACUAUAUGACCUGACAGAGACAGCUGGUGAGAAACUUGGCAGGGAGGCUGGACAGCUGUUCAGCCGUGGCAUGGAGUCGCUCAAGGCCAUGCUGCCGCUCUUUGACACAGGCUCUGGGAGCAUCUAUGACCUGCGCCACUACAUGCUGGGGACUGCACCCAACCUGGCACGCUGGGACUACCACACCACACACAUUAACCAGCUACAACUACUAGCAUCCAUAGACAAUUCACCCAUCUUCAAGGAUGUGGUCAAGCGCUGGAGGAACUACCUAAAAGGGAUUCGUGCCAAACAUAACUAAGAAUAAUUCUAACCAGUAUACAUUUGAGAUGAUUGGGGAUAUAAAGGGGUAGAAUAUACACUAUAUGUCUGUGUUUGGAUUAAUCGUAUGUUUGUGUGAAUGGAUAUGAACAGGAUGCUCACAUUGUGUGGUGGUCCAUAUGUGUCCCAAUCUUGUUUUGGUUCAGAAGCUGAGGGAUGUGUUCAGUCAACUGCUGUCCUCAAUGCUAAAAGUUUCUGAUGAGCUCUGUUGCAAUCCUGGGUUUUACAUUUUAUGCAACAAUAAUAGUAGCUCUCUUCAUUUUUCUGAGCUAGUGUUUGUAAUUGUGUACAGACCUAGUUUCAGACUUCUCUCUCUCUCUCUCUGCGUGUGUGUGUGCGUGCGCUCUUUGUGUGUGUGUGUGUGUCUGUGUGUGUGUGUGUGUGUGUGUGUGUGUGUGUGUGUGUGUUUGCGUGCGUGCGCAAGGGGUGAAUGGGGAUGCAUUGUCCCAAUAUAACAAUUUACGAUGCUAAAGAAAGAAGAAAGUCCUUGAAUUGUUUUAAUUAAAUCGCCUUGUCCGACAUUAUUUGAUGUAUCCACUGCAAGUCUGUUCUCCAAGUUUAUUUUUUUACCAUUUAAUCUCAUAUUUGCAUAGCUUCCUGAAAACUAGACUGUAAAUAAUAGAUAUGACAAUGAUAUGAAUAAUUUGGAGGACAGUCUUGCAAAAAUAGAUUAAGUUAAUCCAUGUUAAACAUUAAGUCAAACAUUUUGGUGUUUAUUUGAUUUUCCUGAAUUCCCAAACUUUGCAAAAGGUUUAAGUCAACAAUAUAUUCGUAUACCAAGUUAAAGCUUUCAUGCCAGUAAAACUGAAUUCGUCUUUCUGUAGAUAGAGAAGAGCCAAAUUACUUGAUGUUUCAGCACAAUAGCCUCCAUCCCUCUUGCCCACAUAAAACAGCAUCCAAGAAUCACAUUUUUUAAGAUCCUAAAUCUGAUUGUGUUGUCAGCUAGAGGUUAUUUUCAGGACACUCAUAAUAACUUCUAAGCUUGUUCAGAGGAGAUAGUUUCUCCUUUCAGUAAGAUUUUCCCUUGACAAAAAAUAUGUCAUUGUUAUUUAGGCUCUCUUAACUAGAACUUUAUGACAAUUUGAAAUCAGCCCUGAGGGGUAACAUCUCAAACCACCAUAUUUGAUUCCAAAGGGUUAAAGAUGUUUCAGCACCAACCCACCUCCACACCUUUUUAGACAGCUUAUGUUAUUGCCCCUUUGCUCUCCUAAGCACCUAACCACAAUUUCAUUCUGUGUUUGGAUGAACUGCUGUGUCGGCGCAUGGCUAUGGUCAUAAUCCAGUCAGGGAGGCUCACAUGACUGCACCUUUUGUCAUGUGAAUUGCUCUGAGACCAGGUUGUGUUUCAGUUGAGCCGCAGAAGAAGGCUGGUAGCAUGCUCUCCUUCUUAAUGCCUGGCCACAACAUCAGUGGUCCUGUUACGGUUCCCAGGGGUGCACCCAUCAGCUCUGGAAUGCUGAGGCUGGUCGUAAAAGCUAUAAUGUGAUUUGUUAUGAUGGCACAUUGUGCGCUAGCAUUUUUCACAAAAAGUGGCUGGGAAAUGAGCCACAUUACUCACUGUUCACGCAUCACUGUCACUCUGUUGUUGUUCGAUAGUUUAGGGAAAGGUGGUAAGUUACAGUCUUAUCCUAUCUGAACUAUUAAGAAUUAAGACAGCUACUCACUGUAUUUUGAUAACUUUGUUGUCUGUACAUUGAUUUAUCUAAGACCUUUCCCUUCAGCUGGAAAUGAUUUUUCAACAUCCUUGGACUCCCUUGGCAGGGCUUUUCCCGGUAACUAAGUGAAAAGCUCCUUGAAAUUUUAUCCCUCAUGUUUUCAGAAAGUAUUUGCAAGGCACAAGUACAGUUAGGUUUUGUUGUUUUGUAUUUGGAUGGUUAGGCACAUGGGAAAGAGAGGCACCACAUCGUCGUACUCCCAUGUCAAUAUAUGACAGACCAUUUAAAGUGACAAUGCAAACUUUACUGUUAGCUAAUUCAUGACAAAUACGAUGAGGCCAGUGAUGCAGUCCAAGCAACCAGUCAUUGCUUUUCAGUCGUUGUGUCUGUAUGAGGUCAGUUUUUUUUGUUUUUUUUUCUUUCUUUUUACUUGGGCAUAUUGACCGGUAUUUUAGGGAAAGAGACUUACCAAGAUAUUUCUAAUUCACAAGGCAAAUUGUCUUGAGAGCCUGUACAUGGUGGCUAGUCAGAGAUGAGUCAGCAUUCUUUGGCACUAUACCUUGCAAGCAAAACAAAGAGGGGCCUUCCACAGUAAUGAGGCUUUCAUAAAUCUGUUUUCAAAUCAGAGAUAAUUAAUGGACAGUAGGUGGAUCCAUGGGUCUGGAAAUAAUGCUGGUAUGCCUGUCUGGAGAACUGGUUAAAAGUUAAGGGUUGAACUCUUUCAUAACUCUUGUUUACUGUUUAAAAUGAAAAAAAGCAUUCUCCUAGAUGGUCUGCCUUCAUGUUUUCUCAUUACAUUAAAGCUUAAUAUGAGCUACAGAAGCUAAAGAAGUAACUGACUUUGCUGUGAAAUAGGCUAGAAUAAAUCAUGCUUCAGAGACAGUCAACUUACAUUUCAUCAAACUCAAAUUUAUGUCAUUGCGUCGUCCUUACCUCACAGCUUAAUCUGUGACCCUCAUCAUUCUGCGCUAAACCUUAAUCUGAACAAGCAAGGUUUAAGACUGCUGUUGGAAAGGAAUUACAUUGAUACAUUUUUUUUUUUUUUUUAAUUGUUGGGAUUUUCCCUUUAUUUGUCUAUCUGACAUCCUUAAUCAUUUCCUGGUGGCAUUUUCUACUCAUGAAUAUUUCUAUGCAUAUUUCAUACUUUGCCAUUUUGACAGGACAAACAAGGAGUUGGGCUGUAUAGUUAAAAGGGAAAAUGGACAGUCAUGAGUGGAGGUGUGUGUGUGUAACUAGCUUCAUUUUGUUCAUACCAAAGUCAUUGAUUUACGUAUUUUUGAAUUUGUAUAUUUUUGUGCAAACGUAUUUCCAUUCAGCAUUUGAUGAUGUAAGUCUCAUUGGAGAUGUCAUAGGAGACACUGCCUUUUGAGAAAUGCUAGUUUUUCAAAUGUAGGCUCAAUAGAAUUUAGCAAAUAAAAUGUAAAACUCUGCAUAUCUAAAAGGGGAUGUGUGCAACUAGUGAUUAGCAUUGAGCAAGCUACCAUUUCAAAGGGAAUUGAGCGAGCAGAUGCAAAUUCUCCUUGAAACUCUCCUCUUUUUUUGUGUUUUUUUUUUUUUUUUUUAAAUCAAUCUUUGUUUGCGGUUUAAUGGAAUCCUUGUCAGAAAGUGUGAGAUGUUUUGCUAGACAGACAGAAGCACAACUGCCAUGCAUUGUCACUUGAGUUUAGUCUAAAUUCUUUUCAGGACAAUGUGCAACACCUUCCUUUAGAAAGCUGCUAUUGUUGUUCACUGUGUAAUAGGCAUAACAAUUUUUAUUUUUUUUUUUCAUUUUAGUGAUUUUUUUUUUUUUUUUUUCAGUUCGCCCACUAUCCUAUAAAGACUUAACAUAUGACCUGAGGUCAAAUGUGAUUUAUGCAAUAAAAUGUUUACUGGGGUCGUGACACCACGGGAGACCCAGAGCGGUUGUACAGACUUUGCAAUCCAAGCACAAUGUGCACAUGCUACCAUUUUUUUAGUCAAAGGAAGAGAGGUGUUUAUAAAAAAAAAAAAAAA